GUUGUGACAUACGCUCUGUUUUGACGUGACGAGGGAAGGUUGAGUGUCCAUGUGCUACACGUAAAUUCUGUGACACAGAUGCAGUUGGAGGAUGGCUGGCAAAUCAAGUGCAUGCAAAGUUCGGAAUGUGGAUAUCAACCCAUGCAUUGAGGAGAGUGAUGGUUCUCAAAAAUGUUUGGAUGCAUACAACUAUGAUAAGAGCAUGUGUUCUGCAUACUUCAUGAGAUAUAAAAACUGCAGGAAGUACUGGCAUGGUGUGAUGCUGCAGCGUAGGCGUGACGGAGUGAAGCCUGAUAUGCCAACGGCUGAGGAGCGAGAGCAGAUCAUCACAGCCCUUGGAGGGAAGCCCUACUGACUGCACAGUAGCAGUAAAAACAUGUGUGUGUUUGGACUAAAAAUAAAUUUCUUGCAGAGGAGACACAUUACAAAUCUAUCCCUCUGGAUUUAUUAAAUAUGUAUUUCAGUCCUGCAUGUGGGAAAAGAGGUUAAAUGUGUACUUGCAUAAUUUUAGCAAUUAUGUAGAUGCGUUACAACUAAUGCUGUGUUUGUAUGCAUAAUACUGUCAAUGGCAGGCUAUUACAGCCUAAUUUAAUGUAUUCAGUUGUUCAAAAUAGAACACAUUUUUAA